AUGAGCCCGGCCCAAAAAGGGCAGGUUGUUGAGGCACUGGAUGAAGUGCCCCUUGACUGGCUUGAUCGUGAUGAGAAACGCCCUCCAGUUGACAUUUUUGAGGAGCUUCAGGAAGCCAUGUCUCCUGCAUGGCGAGCAUGUAUCUGGUACAUUCAAUCAAUUCUAGUCCAAUGGCUGACUGUCCGACCCAUCGGUCCCAAGUCUAAUAUGGUUAAACUCCGCCACGGAGAAUCUGCUUGUGUCAUUCAUGUAAAACGGUAUGAGGUAAAGGCGGAGAUGUGUGAAAAUUACACUGUUGAAUCCCUAGUGGCGGAGUGCUAUCCAGCUCUGGUUGCAACCAAGACUACUAUCAAAAAAGCCAACCAGGCCGCUUGUGACGGGUGGCAGGUACCCGAAACACAUCUCCCCGUGUUGUCCCGGGUGAUCACAGUGACCGGCAUAGUGAUUGUGCAAAAGGCAUUGCGGUUGAAUCCGCAUCCCAAGGAGGUCAUUGCCAUGGAGCGGAAGAAGGCCUAUUAUAUAGAUCGGGAAGUCAUUACCCGCCACAUUGGAAACAUUAGUGCUUACUUCGCAGUAACCAACAACACUUGGGGUAAAAAUAGGCUAGAUGUCUUGGCUCAGCCUGACAAGGCUUCUCUUCCGCCCUACCUGCGGGGAUCCCGCAGUCGGCGCCAAUCGGAUCCUUCCACGGCCUACGGGUCGCAGAGAUACUAUCGAUCUGACGUGAUUUCAAGUGCUUGGCACGUAACCCUAAUCUACGAAGAUUUUCAGUAA